AUGGCUAAUGAAAUGUAUUCCAGUGGGAGGCACGUCAUCAUAGACAGAGCCCGAAUCAAGGAACUUCUGAAAGAAGCUGUGCCCAUGGCUUCAGCGAUUAAGAAUCCUCAGAUAAGAGCUGAUUUCCAGCAAAUCAGAGAGGAACUGGAGACGAUGCGUAGCCAGCUGCAGGCAACAACUAUGGCGCGCAACGAACCGGCGGCAUCAAUCAGCCCGAAAUUACAAGCACCAGCAAUUCCAAAGUCACAGCGACAAGAUACAAUGGUCAAGCAGGAGGUUGUGACGCCAGCCCUAACGCCUAGCCCACUAGCAGCCGCUACUGCCAAACGUCCUAUUGUAAUCAGCAGUUCAUCGAGUAGUACAUCUUCGGAUGACGAGGCGGCGAAACCAGGACCAUCACAGGCAGGAAGUUCCACGGUCGUGAAACCGCCAGCGAUCAAAACACCUACUCCCAAGGCCAAGCCAGGGGAAGUGAAGAAGAGGAAGAGGGGGACUGAGGGCUGA